GAGGGUCCGCAGGAAACGCGACACUGGGGAUGCUGCCCCCUAUCACAUGAUGGAAAUUUCCACUCUUUAGAAAGGCGAAAAGAAAAGAAGGAAGGGUCUUUCAAUCCACCCUUUUCCGAUACUUCCCCUGGAUUCCAAUCGGAAGAGGGUAGAAAAAGAGGCGGGGGUCUGCCAUUCCAAACAAUUCAGGAAAGACUGCACAGGACUGGAUAAAUAAUUAAGAACACAGCGUUCUGAACAUCAACACAAAGUAGAAGAGCCUUAAACUGAAGGGUCAGUAUAUUAUUUACACUGAAGGAGGCGUGCGUGGACAGGAAAGCGCUGACAGGUCAAAUGGAUCCCAUGGAGCUGAGCAAUGUCAACAUCGAGCCUGAUGAUGAGAGCAGCGGUGGAGAAAGUACUCAAGACAGCUACACAGGGAUGGGCAGUUCAGAAAAGGCAGCAAUAAGCAGUCAAUUUGCUAAUGAAGAUGCUGAAAGCCAGAAGUUCCUGACAAAUGGGUUUUUUGGGGAAAAGAAGCUGGCAGAUUACGAUGAUGAACAUCAUCCUGGAACGACUUCCUUUGGAAUGUCCUCAUUCAACCUGAGCAACGCCAUCAUGGGCAGUGGAAUCUUGGGCUUGUCCUAUGCCAUGGCCAACACAGGGAUCAUACUUUUCAUAAUCAUGCUGCUUGCUGUGGCAAUAUUGUCACUCUAUUCAGUUCACCUUUUAUUAAAAACAUCCAAGGAAGGAGGGUCAUUAAUUUAUGAAAAAUUAGGGGAAAAGGCAUUUGGAUGGCCAGGAAAAAUUGGAGCUUUUAUUUCCAUUACAAUGCAGAACAUCGGAGCAAUGUCAAGCUACCUCUUUAUCAUUAAAUAUGAACUACCUGAAGUAAUCAGAGCAUUCAUGGGACUUGAAGAAAAUACUGGGGAAUGGUACCUCAAUGGCAACUACCUCGUCAUACUUGUGUCUGUGGGAAUUAUUCUUCCACUUUCUCUCCUUAAAAAUUUAGGUUACCUUGGUUAUACUAGUGGAUUUUCUCUGACCUGCAUGGUGUUUUUCGUCAGUGUGGUGAUUUAUAAGAAAUUCCAAAUACCUUGCCCACUGCCUGUUUUGGAUCAUAAUGUUGGAAAUCUGACAUUCAACAACACACUUCCAAUGCAUGUGAUCAUGUUACCCAAUAACUCUGAUGAUACUGGCGUGAACUUCAUGAUGGAUUACACCCAUCGCAAUCCUGCAGGGCUGGAGGAGAAUCAGGCCAAGGGCUCUCUUCAUGGCAGUGGAGUGGAAUACAAAGCCCACGGUGAUGACCAGUGUCAACCCAAAUACUUUGUAUUCAACUCCCGGACGGCCUAUGCAAUUCCUAUCCUAGCAUUUGCUUUUGUAUGCCACCCUGAGGUCCUUCCCAUCUACAGUGAACUUAAAGAUCGGUCCCGGAGGAAAAUGCAAACAGUGUCAAAUAUUUCCAUCACAGGGAUGCUGGUCAUGUACCUGCUUGCUGCCCUCUUUGGCUACCUAACCUUUUAUGGAGAAGUUGAAGAUGAAUUACUUCAUGCCUACAGCAAAGUGUAUACAUUUGACACCCCUCUUCUCAUGGUACGCCUAGCAGUCCUGGUGGCAGUAACACUAACUGUGCCCAUUGUCCUGUUUCCAAUUCGUUCAUCAGUGACCACAUUGUUAUUUCCCAAAAGACCCUUCAGCUGGAUAAGACACUUCCUGAUUGCAGCCAUGAUUAUCAUACUUAAUAAUGUUCUGGUCAUCCUUGUGCCGACUAUAAAAUACAUCUUUGGAUUCAUAGGGUCUUCUGCUGCCACUAUGUUGAUUUUCAUCCUUCCAGCUGCGUUUUAUCUUAGACUUGUCAAGAAAGAAUCUCUUAGGUCACCCCAAAAGGUCGGGGCUUUAAUUUUUCUUGUGAUUGGAAUUAUCUUCAUGAUUGGAAGCAUGGCACUCAUUAUACUUGACUGGAUCUACGAUCCUCCAAAUUCCAAGCAUCACUAACCUAGGAGAAAAUGCUCUUUUUCUGUCGGAAGUGGUUGCAAGUUAUGCCCAAAUCAAGACAUUUGAGUUAUCUUGAUUGGAAUGUUACUCAUAGGAAAUAAAAGGAAGAUUCCCAAGACAUUUGCUAUUAAUAUCACCAGACACCUACGAGAAAGAAAAUCAUGGUUUCUGUUGAGAAUGGUUGUUAAUGUAUUUAAAAUCCAUGGUGCACAUUGCUACCCAGGUUUGACUAGAGCAUUGUGAGAUGAUGAAGGUGUGUUUUUGCUGCUAUACAAGCAGAAUAAGUGUGGCUGCAUUUAAGGGUCAUCAGAUAAAUACCUUUUCCUUUGAGCUGGCUCCCCACCCUCCACCUUCCCAAAGUAACAGAUAGUUGUAUUCUCAGAGCAUUAAAUUUAAAAUGCCCUGGUGGCAAACUAUCAACACUUAAUGCCUUUCCACAUCUUACACCAAAUUCUUUGGGGCUUUUGGCUAACAGAAAGAAGCGAAAGACACCUCUGUGAGCUUGUCCCUGUGAGGUAGAUGAACUGUCAGACUCUAGCCAACAGCACUUGGUGUCCCACUAAAGGRAUAGUUUGCCCAUCCCAUUUGUAACAUUGAAUUAGUGACUUCUUCAUUCAGUGGAUUGUUAGGUAAAUAUUAAAACAUUUUAUUAAACAUAGAGAGGGGCUUUAUUUAAAUUUAAGCAACAACAAAAAAUAAUGCUUAYAGCUCAGCUGCUUGCUGUGGAAGCAUCUGCUUUGAAGUUGUUCUUAGUCGUCUUGUCAUACUUUUGUCCUUGAACAAUGCUCUCCCUCUCGUCUUCCAUUCUCACUUAGAAUGUUUAGAAUACCACAGGUCAUGUGGAGAUACACUACCCAGUAUUGUCUGAUACAUUUUUAUUUGAUAAACAUUCAGUGCAGGAAACUGUAAUUUCCUAUAUGUUUAUGUAUAUAAUCUUAUUCUAUAGUCAUCAGAAUGUUAAUGUAUGCUACAUUUGAUUCUGAUUUUUUACAUGUGUAGUUUUCUUUCUUCACAGUCAAAACAUUUAUAUUAUUGGGGUGGGAGCAGGGAAUUAAGUUGGUGGGCUCAGAAAUCCAUUUGUAUGCAUCUGUCUAUUGGAGAUAUUCUAAAUUUGAAACCUAAGUUAUACAUAGUUCAGUAAUGCUCUUCUUUGAUGUUUACAAUAAUCAUCAUCUAUGAGAAAACAGGCUCCUUAUUUGUAAUUAUCAAUGCUAAGGUUGUUCUUUUAAUUUAGCACAUCUAAAUAGGAUUUGGUUCAUUUUAGCUUACGGAGGUGUUUGCUGACAUUCGUGUGUCAUUUAAUACAAUGUUGAGUGAUUGUCCGUAGAAAUAAAAGUGCUAACACUACAGAGAAAUGCAAACUAUCAUUCUUGYUCAUUUCCAAAACAUACUUGUGUAGAAUGGAUUUAAAAGUUACUACUCACUGCCUAGAACUUCUAGAGUUCAUUUCUUUGUCAAAUCAGUAGCAAGAACAUUUGUUGUAUAUUUUAUAUGUUAGUAAAGCCAAGUAUGAAAUAUAAGUAUCAUACAAGUAUGACAUAAUAGAUAAUAUCUCAAUAGUGCUUUGGGAGUGUACCAAAGAAAAGAAAUAUUUGUUUUAUGUAUUAUUUUCUAGAGACAUAAUACUAUAAAAUGGUGCACUUUGCUAUGAAAAUUGAGUAUUACUAGAAACUAUCAUAACUUUUAAGCAC